AUGCCCAAGCCGGACCCUCCAUCUUACACCGCUCCUGAGUCCCUGGAGUCCAAGAUGGCCAGGCGAGACUUAUACCACUUCGGGUCGGCUUCAGUUCAGUUCUUUCAUCUUGCGAUGGAACACGUCUGGCAGACCCUGCACUCGUUUGCCCCCCUACUGAGAAUCCUGGAGGUUGGACCACUGGACUUGACGGCAGGGAGAAUGAUGGAAAAGGCCGCCGAGUUUCGGGAGCUUGGACGUCUCAUGGGGAUGUUCGCGCCGGAGAAAGAAGAGCACAAGGCACUGGCACUCUACCAACAGUUCCGUUACUAUGCGGCCUGUGUGAGGUCCAUCAAGAUCACUGCGCGAGAUAUCCCCGCUGUCUUGCUCGCAUACUUAGAAUCCAUCUUACCUGCCGACAAUCGAUGCCUCUUCCCGUGCCUGAGAACCUUGCUUUGGCUGGAGACGGACACUUGCGUCCUUCACGGAGGCAUCACGCAUUUCCUCGGCUCCCCUCGGCUGUAUUCCGUCGCCUUGCACUUCGAGCACAAGCAUCACGGUACGAUUACAGAAGCACACCAGCUGCUCCACGGCGAAGGUAUCGUCAGCCUUUGCUUAGCUGUCGCUGGCGCUCGACCACGCACAGAGAAGUUGGCCGUCCAAACCCCUCCUGGCAUUCUCGUCCCCGGCGCGGUGCUUCGAAGCUUCGAUUAUCUCCUCUACGCGGAUCUUCGGGUGGAUUUGCACGAAAUACCAUCGCUCGGUGCCUCUGCCACCGAUGCCUCGUACGAGCUCCCGAAGAUUGAACGGCUGGAAUUGCUGUGGAGUAAAACGAGUGACACUCGAGCGCUGAUCAACAACGUCUCCUUCCACAACAUCCAACACCUUGGGAUGAGCUGCACCGAGCAGGGCCCGUCUAUCUCGUUCCUCUACGACCUAUGCCUUCUCACCGCCGAUAUCGGGGCAAACUUGACGGUUGUGGAGAUCCUCUUCCAGGGCCCCAGCAACACCGCUGUCCUGCGGUGCGGACAAUUUUUACAUUAUGUUCGCGCCCUUCGUGCUCGUCCCCGUCUGCGCCGUGUUGCCAUCAUCCUGACUGGAUAUUCCUUCACGCUCAGCGCUGACGACGUCGAGGACCUGGCAAUGUCUUGGCCGAGGUUGGAGGUGCUUCAUCUCAGCUUUAAGCUGUACUACUAUCUCCCGGGCUCAAUCGCCAACUUUCAGCACACACUCCCUCUGCUUUGUCAGCGCUGCCCUGACCUUCGCUUCCUCCACCUCCCUGGGCUAGCGACGUAUCCCGGGCAAAACAUGUUCAUUCUUCCCGACAUGCUUGACAGCCCCCUGCUGCAUAUCUCCUCCGACGUCCUCGUUCUCCGGUACCACCCCAUCGACAUUGCAUUCGCCCUGUGUGCGGCGUUCCCAAGGCUGGUACGGCUCGGUCUCCCGGGCGUGGGCGGCGACUCGUGGCACACUCUCAGCCAGCUGCUUUGUGCCUUCCUACAGAAGGAUUACGCCUUUCUCCUGGAGCAUACCGCCAAGUUCAUGCGCGCCGGUGUGUAUGUUGAACUCCCGGUGUCCCUUUGCUACGUGAUCCUGUCUGGGAUGAACGUCAACGUUUAA